CCCGGUCGUCCCUAAGUGCCGGGGAUAACAAGGUAAUAAGUCAAACUCCCUGUUACGCCAUGCGUACAUGGCAUUGUAUUAUUAUAGACACAGGCGUUCAUCCAAGGCAGAGAGCUCUUGGCGCGACCGAUGACUGCCUGGGAGUUGAGAAUAGGUAGGUAUGUAGUAGUUAUGUCUAGGUUAGUUUCUUGCUUUCUUAUCGCCGGCUUCUUCCCCGUACCUAAUGUUCGUCUGAAGAAAUUACCUAUACUAUGCAAGCUAUACUAUACAAGUGGAAUCGUAUCUUACGAUGUUUCUUCGGUCAGAGGUAUGCAUGUAUUGGUUUCCUUCCCGCCGGUUCCGAUUUAUUCCUGUUUGGUUACUUGAGACCUUUGAGUCAGUGAGUCCAAAGCCUCUUUCUAUAGUCCACAGCUA